CGGCGAUGCCGCGUGACAUCGCCGCCCCCUCCGGGGAACACCGAGCUGCAUGCCACCGUCAUGUCAUCGCACAUCAUCAUGUCCUGAGGGGCGCCGCACGUCCCCAUCACGCUCGGUGGUGGCCGAAUGCCACCAAAACUGCACACACCACGCGUCUUUUCGCGGCACUGUCCCUUCUCAUCUCUCGUUCUCCGCCAUUAACAUCUGUACUCUGGCGCCGAGUUGUGCUCAAGCUGGGAUCAUCAUAUUCGAGAACAAACACCGACCUGCAGAUCCACAAGACGAGGCAAUUCUGAGGAGGAGGCGGCGGAGGAGGAGAGCAGAAGAGACACAGGGCAUCUUUGUGGUACAAGGUAAAUUGGGUAAACAGCUACCCAGCAGUAGCAUCAUCAAUGCCUCACUCCGACUGUUUACCAUGGAACGUGAGGAACGGACCUUCUUGCCUCCAUUGGAUUGGCCCAUGGAGCCCUGGCCAACAGAACGGACCCACACUUGGCAAGAAGGUGAGACAGGUAGGCCAUGGAGUCUCUCCCCUACUAAUAUUACGUUUCUUGGAAGCUUGCCUUACAGAGCCACUUCUACAUUUUCCCCCCUCCAAUUCUCCUUUAAGCCCUGCACUUUGCUCUCCGGCGAGGUAUAGAGAGAGAGAGAGAGAGAGAGAGAGAGAGAGAGAGAGAGAGAGAGAGAAGAAGGUUUAUGCCCAUCGAGAUGUCGAGCCGGAGGUCGAGGAUCACCGACGAGGAGAUCAACGAACUCAUCUCCAAGCUGCAGUCUCUGCUCCCGGAGUCUCGCCGCAGGAGCAUGAGCAGGGCUUCAGCGUCCAAGUUGCUGAAGGAGACGUGCAGCUACAUCAGGAGCUUGCACCGCGAAGUGGACGACCUCAGCGACCGGCUCUCCGACCUGAUGUCGACGAUGGACUCCAACAGCCCGCAGGCUGAGAUCAUCAGGAGCAUUCUCAGGUCCUAGGUUGCGUCCAGCUACGGUCUAGUGUUGUUCUUGUGCCAUUUCAUGAAGCGUCGGUCAUAAAUGGUGUGCCAGCAAAGUGUGUUAUAUGAAUUAGCAAGAGCAAUACUAAACUCCUUGACGCAAUCGUGCGAUCGUCUCCUUUUUUUCCUACAUUCUCUGGUCUGAGCUCGACUUCUUCUCUU